AGCAUGACGUGGUUAUGUUGGACGACGAUUUCAGUGAAAAAGAAAAGAAGAUUGUCAAAAAUAACGCUUUGAAGAAACAGAAAACCUUGUCUCAAAUGUAAGCCAACUGCUUCAAAUAACUAACAUUAUUUAUACUGGGUAGCUCUAACUGCUCUUCCUAGAGGUCCAUUAAGGAUCAUCUUUUAUUGAUCCAGUGUUACUACAGGACGAACCUAAACUAAACGGACUUUAUUUAUACUGGAUAGCUCUAUAGCAGUUCUAAACUGUUCUUCCUAGAGGUGCAGUGUAAGGAACAUCUCUUAUUGAUCCAGUGUUACUACAGGAGGUAACCUAAACUAAACUAACUUUAUUUAAACUGGAUAGCUCUGUCAGUUCGAAACUGUUCUUCCUAGAGGUCCAGUAAGGAUCAUCUCUUAUUGAUCCAGUGUUACUACAGGAGGAAACCUAAACUAAACUAACUUUAUUUAAACUGGAUAGCUCUAUCAGUUCUCAACUGUUCUUUCUAGAGGUUCAGUAAGGAACAUCUCUUAUUGAUCGAGUGUUACUACAGGAGGAAACCUAAACUAAACUAACUUUAUUUAAACUGAAUAGCUCUAUCAGUUCGAAACUCUUCUUCCUAGAGGUCCAGUAAGAAUCAUCUUUUAUUGAUCCAGUGUUACUACAGGAGGAAACCUAAACUAAACGGACUUUAUUUAUACUGGAUAGCUCUAACAGUUCUAUUUAUUUAUUUAUUUAUUUAUUUAGGUUUAAGCUUAAUACUUCGAAAAGUUCUAGCAAAAUACAAACUAACGUACCGAGGUACAGUACAGUAUUAUUUGAAAUUCCAUAAUUCACCAACAAGAUAAAUACAAUAACCGGGACCCACACGCAAGCGAUAAAUCUAUAAUUGAAAUAAUUUGCACUUUUUGUAACAGGAAACAUCCAAAUAAAGAAAACAAGCUGGGAGUUUUGGAUGAAAAAAAUGGGACAGAACGGUAGGC